UUAUUUCCAGCUGUGUUCCAACAAGCCCACCGUGCCCCGGGCCCGCGCACGCGCGCCACGCGCCGCGGCGGGGCGCGGCGCUGCAGCAGUGUGGCGCCGCCACGCUGCUCGCCCGGACGCCAGCGACAUGCGGCCUUGUUGACGCGAUGAGGGCGGCGGGCAUGGGUGCGCGCGCGCUGGUCUUGGCGGUGGCGGCGCUCGGCGCGGCGGCGUGGGGCGCCGGCGGCGGCAGCGGCUGCGGCGUGGCCGAGUUUGCCUGCCGAAGCAGACAGUGCGUUCGCCUCGACCGCUUCUGCGACGGCACAGCCCAGUGCAUGGACGGUAGCGACGAGCCGCCCCACUGCUCGCCCUGCAACCGCACGUACUACGGCCGCGCCGGCGUAGCCUAUGCUCUCGCCGUCGGCGCUGGUGCUGGGGUCGGCGACGCGCCGCCGCCUCCGCCGCCAAGAGUGCCGUUUCUCUGCCAUUUGACAUUUACCGCGGGAGGCGGGACGCAUGGGGAUUUAGUGCAGUUGGCGUUUGAGGAGUUUCGUGUGGGAAGAUACACGCCAGGAAACGUCGACGGCUGCCCUGAUGGCUACAUGCAGCUUGCAGAGCUCGGUCGCCCUUUCACUGGCGGCUCAUGGUGUGGAGCAUCUGAAGGCGCAGCGCUGUACUACAGUGAGACAGCUACUGUAACGGUGUCCGUAAAACUGUUCCGAGCACGCCUUGGGGAGCCGUUUGGUCUGAAGUUGAGAUACAAGUUCUUGCAGCAGAGGGAUGCUGUUGUAAGGUUUGGAGCGUUAGAAGCACCUCUAGAACGCGGGGCAGUAUCACCCGGGACGUACUGCACGCGCACCUACGAGGAAUGCCACCGCAAACCUUGCCGUCUUCAGAGCCCCAAUUAUCCUGGAAUGUACCCUAGGAACGUGACCUGCUAUUGGAGUUUACGCCAGAAGGAUAUACCGACCUGUAAACAUGCGAUGAUAUCUGUAAGGCAGGAUCAUUCACAUAAGAUGCAGAUUAAGAGAUCCAUUUCGAUGGCCAGUCUAAACAAAACGGGUCGAGCGGUACGAGCGUGGCGAGAGUGCACAGGCGAGCGUGACAGACUUAUCUUCUACGACGGUGCAUCAACAGACGACCCAGUUCUUGUCGAGUAUUGUGGUGGAGACUGGCUACCGAGAGUCACUGCCCGUGGUCCUGAGAUGUUGGUAGCCUUUCAUUCGUCACCGUAUUCUGCGCCGUUGAGACCACCAGCACCGCUAGCGCCAUUGAGAGGUUUUGAACUUGACGUUGAUGUCAUAUUUGCUGAUUCAGACUCGCUUGAUUAUGCAAGGGAGGCACGCAGAUGUGAGUUUCAUGUUAAAGCGUCGUCGACUGAAGAAGAGGGUAAUGUAACGACACCAGGGGCCGCGGGGCGUGGACGGCGGGGUCGACUGCACGCUCCCACACAUACACUGCCACCAAAUACGACAUGUACUUGGACUUUCCAUGGUCGGCCAGGUGACUUGGUGUGGAUCUACUUCUCCAGUUUCACCCAAUAUUCGCUAGUGGAUGGUCGUCGCAUGGAAAGUAGUGAAAGAGAAGAAGAAGGUGGUAUGGCACCACCUCGCCCUCCUACAAGUACUGCAGCGAGACCCAUUGGAGCUCCUUGUGGGGUUGAAUUAAGGGUCUGGGAUGGUGGUGGGGGUGGGGUCAGUGGGGAGGGCACGAUUAUAGGGCGUUAUUGCGACGAAGCGCCUCGUCUAUGCGCAAGAGCUGCCUUAGCUAACGCUACUCGCUCCCCUCGCCCCUGUUCUCCACCUGAUGGAUACGUCUCUACAGUGCCAUUGCUAGCUUUAGCAGCUACAAGUCGCUCUGGAACUGCAACUCAUCCUUUACGAUUUGCACUGCACUAUGAAUUCAUUGACGCGCGGUUGGCAGGGGCUGCGUUACCAAGCAAUAUACCGAGAGUAGCACGGCCGGUGCCAGCGGCUUGCGCAAGGCUUCUUACUCGUCCAGGAGAGUUAUUGUCGCCUGGAAAUGCUUUAUGGUUCGGGCGAGGUGGUGCUCGCCGUUUACGCUGCGUUUAUAGACUGCAAUCAGAGUCGCAUGUAGCAAUAGAGUUAGCAGCCGCAUCAUUCGGUCGACGUCCACGAUGUUUUACUCGCUCAGACCCAGCCAGUGGUCGAAUGCGAUGCGUAGCAGAGGCUAUGGAACCGGAGGAAACGCCCGUGGAAGAAAAAGAGGCAAAUGAAGAUUUUGAUGGCGAAGAAGACACACCGAUGCGUGUACCGCAUUUAAUGAUCUAUGAAGCUCCGUGGCCGGGAUAUAGGGUACCACUCGGGUGCAUAUGCGACAACACAUCCGCGCUGAUCCGCCAUUCUGGCGCCGGCGCUCUCGAGCUUGUCCUAACGGCUCGCUCAUUGGCCGCCGAUGAAGAUGCCCGCCAUCUUCAUUUCCGUGGUUCUUGGAGCACGCCAGCCGCACCGGCGUAUAACUGUGCGGCGCGACGGAGGUUGCCCCCACCUGGAGGGCAUAUUCAUCUGCUUUAUCCGUAUGAUGGCAACCGCGCCUCAGAAUGCGGCGAAACUCCCUUCCUUCUCAUGGCGCGGGGUAACCGCUCAGUAUUCCUCCGAGUGUGGGGAGACGAGUUACCGCUUACGCCGCCGCCGCCUCCGCCUGCAGUCGGCGCGCCGGCGCCGCCGGAACCGCCGUUGUGUCACACCACUAAUCGCGUGCUGGUGUACCACGCGCAUACUUCCAGAUUAUUGAAGGCGAUCUGCCCAAGCAGCAGCGACGAGGGCCGAGCAGUCCAAAUAUUCACCGACGAGUGGUGGGGCCGGGGCCGUGGAGGGGGCCCCGGGUCCGCGCUACUAGUAGUCUGGGCGGCGCGCGAGGCCGGCUCAGCCCGCAUGGCCUGGAUGGAGGUCUGGAGGCCUGCGGGCACCGGCCCGAUCGGGACCCCCGGUGCUGAGCCAGUCAACGCGACAGCUAUGUGUGUGAGAGGGUGCAGUGCGUUGGCAGCGUGUAUGCCUGGCGCGCUUUGGUGUGAUGGCGCGCAGGAUUGCCCCGGAGGCGCUGAUGAGGCCGCUGGGGCUGGUUGUGGCGCUGCCGCGCGGUUACUAGCGGCUUUAGGCGCUCCCGCAGCGGCAGGAGCGCUAGCAGCGCUUGGAGGCGCCGCUUUCGGAGUUAUACUCCUAGCCGUGCUCAGAAGGCGUCGAAGAGCAGAUAAAGCGCUGUUAGCGGCCGGCGGACGCCGCGCUACAGAAGAGCUGCUUUUCGAUUCAAGGGCGUCUUCGGCCGCCUCCUGACGGCGCGAGCGCUCCGUCGAGUACAUCCACGUGGACCGAGAGACCACGGUGUGACGGGGCGCUUUAGCUGUAUAUACGCGCUGGUUGUACAUAGCGCUCACUGUACAUAAUGUGCUGCACGACGUGACGCGACGUCUCCUGUGAUAUCGUACCUUACGUUGAUAGUUUUUAUCUCACUAUACAAUCUAUUGUUGCGUUGAUCUAGGUGACGUGUUUAAGUUGGGCUGACGGCCGAUUUGUUUGUGCGCUCAAUACCAAAACGGCGUAUGUACCAUGUAAUUCUGUAGAUUAUACGUCGUUUUGGUUAAUAGUUAUUACAUUUCACGAAUCCUUACUCUUAUUACUAAGACGUUAAGGUCUAAUAUCGUCUGUGCUUCGUGAAAUGCAAUGUAUAGUUGAUGAAAACGAAAAGGGGCGCGUUUUUAUUCCUAUAAGUAUUAUAUUCUAUUGAUAUUUUUGAAGAACUGUCCCGUCCCUCGUUUUCACUUAAGUUAUACGAAACACUGAUUAAACACAUAGUUCAAAUUUACGAACUAAA